CCGGUGAGGCUUCGAUAGAUAGCAGCGCUUCACCAUGGCUCAAGCACCCACAACAACCUUAAUACCCUUCGCGUCUCUUCCUUCCUGUGCGCUGAAUUGUGGUCCCCUUUACGAUGCGAAUGGCGCCUGCGUCCCCCCUGCCGCACCAGCUGGCGAUGAGAGUAGCUAUGCAAGAUGCUUCUGCGACUACGAUACCCUUCAACCAUUCAGGCAAGGCACCUCAGGCGUUUGCGGCGAUGUGUGUUCGGCAGACAACGCCGGCCUAUCCUCAAUCCAGGGCUGGUUCACGAGCUUCUGUGCCGAGAACGCUGCAGUGGCCACGACGACAACCGGCACCUCGUCGACGAGCACAAGCACAAGUGGUGCGAGCGGAGGAAGCAACCAGGCUGUCGACGCAUUGGCAAUGGGUUGUCAUGAUCGUUAUCAUUUUUGUCGGCAUCGUAGGUAUCUGGGUCGGAGCGUGCAUAUGGCGUCGCAAGUACCUCAGGAAGAAGGAUCGCAUGUACGAGCUCGGAAAAGGCCUACCAAGCAAUGUCGCAAUCAACACCCAAGGGAACCUCGUGGGUCCUGGUGCCAGGGACAGUCACUAUUCUAACAAUCCCGGCAUGUUUAUGUCAGGCUCCGCAGGUGGUUAUUACGAAAAGCCAAAAAAGGAGCGCAAGAGGUGGAUGGUGGGCCAACGAACGUGAUCCAGCACCGCCGCAGUAGAAUGAGGACGAAUGGGCGCCGUGUCAUCUACCUCAAUUUUUUGCUACUACUACAAAGGGAAACAAGGACCGAGAUAACCCUCGCAUAUUAUCAUCUUUCAAAUAUCCUUACCAAACCCGACGACUAGGACGUCGAUUCUUCCCUACCGACAUGGUAGGAUUACGCUCGUUAACACAUUGUCACCAUCAUCGGCUGCG